AUUGUGCGCAAAAUGAAUGAAUGCAUUGAUUGAGUGAUUGAAUGGCCGACACUUCUAAGGUUAAGGAUAUCUUAGAUACGUUUCGGACGGAAGAUCUGCAGGAAGUGCUGAAGGAGUUCCGAUUGCCGUUCAUUGGCCGCAAAACAGAGCUCUUUCAACGCGUUUUGUCACUCAUUGAUGACAAAACAUACGAUUCAGACGUGUGUCUGAAAGUGAAACAACACAUCCAUCAGAUCAACGAAGAGAGAGAUAUGUCGCCAACGCUCGACACUUACGCCUCGAAAGGCAGGAAGAGGUCCACUCGCUAUGAGUCGGACGACAGCUAUAAUGAGAGCAACGAUGAGGCGUCCGAAGAAGAGGGAGAGUUAGUGGACGACGAAGAGUCGGAUGCAUUCGUGGUGUCGGAUAACUCCGAUUCCAGUGAUUCCGAAGACAUCACGAGUAAGAAGAAGAAGUCUACUAAACGGAAGCGAAACGUGACGAGUGGUAGCAGUGAUGAGUCGUCGGACGCGGACUCAGACAAUGUGUUUCAGAAAUUUAGGAACAAAUCCCGAUCUCAGCGACAGAAGGAAAAAGAGGAGAAGAAAGAGAAGAGAAAGCGUGAAAUGCAAAAGAAGUUGAAGAGAUCGGGAAAGAGUACGCGAUUGCUAUACGAGUCGAGCAGUGAUUCAGACAAUUCAUCGGAAGACUCAUUGAAAAUUAGGUCCAAAACAAAGAAGUCAAAACCGCCGCUCAAGUACUUAAGCGACAGUUCCAGUGAUGCUUCAGUCGCACGCGUCAGCACUACUAACCAUCAAAACACUGUGGAAGAAGACAGCAGUGAUGACGACAUUGAGAUCAUCGCUGAGAUCCCAGCGGAACGGUCGACGAUUAACCACGGUAUGAGUACAUCAGAUACUGAAGGUAGCUCUGCUUCAGACACGUCCGACAAGUCAGACACGGAUCACAAAGCGUACACUUUAUCCGACACAUUGACACAUCUAUCGCGACAAUUGGAAACUCUGGUGAGAAGGGAGGCGACACCUGUUCCUGCCGUCGCCUCACUUCGACCACCCGUCGCGACGGUCACCACAUGUGCUACAAGUGUCUCCUCACGAGUGUCACCAGAGUUACAGACUCAAGAAAUCGAUUCUCAGAAUCUAAAUAACGAUGUGAUACUCGACUCUUCGAGUGACCGCUCCAGUGAUAUUGUGUCAAACAAUAACAGUGUUAGUGUUUCACCGCCUCUAGUGACCAGUUCUUCACCAAAAGUUCCGAAAAGCAAACCUCAAUUGAAAAGCCCAGCCGUUGUGCCCGUCAUUGAUGUGAAACCAACGCCAGUUGUGGCUAAACCAAAGUCACCGGAAGCGCUGGCUGUAGCGCCACCCGAACCACAACAGCCGCGAACUUUUGUUUCAAUAUUGGAAGUGAGAACUCCCGAUGAAGUACCGUAUGCACAGUAUACUGUCAAGAAUGGACAACAAAUUACGAUCGAACCGCCGCCUAGAUUACCUCAUUCUGUCAAAAUUAGAGUUCUUCCCUCCUAUACUACUAUAGAGAGAAUUAAAAGGUUGUUGAACUCCGACAGUGACGACAUCGAGACGUUGGAGCAAACAUUGAAAGUUUCUCUCAUGUGUCCCAUCAAAGGCACAGUUGUGAUAAUACCGAGUCGUUCCAUCAACUGUCAUCACAUCGACUGUUUCGAUAUCAACAACUUUUUCGGAAUAAACUUUAAUAAGAAAAUUGACAACUGGAAGUGUCCCAAAUGCAAACAACCCGCUAAACUGGAACAACUCGUUAUUGAUAGCCAAAUGGACCACAUAUUAAGAAUGACGAGAGCACUCGAUUCGUCGGUAGAAAACAUCACGUUUGACAAACACGCCGUUUGGAUGCCAGAGACCAAACGACCCGAUAAUUUUGUGUCUAAGAGUAGUGACAGUAAAGUCAUAUCUCUGGACACAAGUUUAGACGCCGAGGAGAUCAUAGAUAUCGAUGACGACGAGGAAGUGGCCAACGAUUCCAACUCUAAGACAAACUCACUCUUAAACACAUACGCAUUGAUCGCGUCGGCCAAGAGUUACCAGAAGGACAUCACAAGUUUUGUGCAGACAAACAAACAAAACGAUAAAAGGGCGCCAAAUGCAGAGAAGGAGGCGUCCAUCAAUAAUAUCGUCCAGUUUUUGACCACUGCUGAGCAGGAAGUGAACCGCUCGUCUCGGCCCAUCACCACUCACACGUCUACAACUGUCGGUAAUCGACAGAAUAUUAAUUUAGUUAUUACUAGACCGCCCGGCACUCAAAACACUGCUACUGCUCCGCGCAAUACGCGAGUGACCGUACGGCCGACCAAUGCUGGACACGCAGUCGUUUAUAACAGAGCGCCGACAACUGUUAACGUGACGAACACCACGGCGUCGGCCACAACGUCCACAUCGAGUCCAGCGGCGAGAGGGGACUAUGUUUUCAAGUUUGCCAACGGAUUGGUCAGUGGUAUUCACUGCAAGAUAUGCGCCGUUGAUCUCAACAUUUACAACAAGGAUCCCCAGAAUAUAUUAAAUCAACACGUGAAGGGCGCUCAACACAAACUGAUGGAACAAAGGCGUGGCCAACAGAACGCAACGGCUCACCAAUCAGUGCAUCCAAAUAAUUCACUGAAUAAUAAUAAUAAUUUCCAUAAUCGGCAACCGACUGGUGUGUCGGCACAGCAGCCGCAGCCGCAACAAGUCUAUAACCAACACUAUGCGUUCGGUUCGGGCGCUACCGGUUAUAGUAAUCAAUAUCCGGCCCGAAACCCGUUCGCGCCAAUGGAAACACCGCAACACUACGCGCCCAACAACCAGAUGUACCCGUCGACAGGCUAUAUGAUGCCUAAUGUUGUAUACCAGCAGCCAAUUCCACAACAGCCGGGCCCUCAACCCGUGCCACCGCCCGCACAUUCCGCACCCAUGUACACGUACCAGUGGAAUAAUGGCCAGCAAAGUGGUUAUUAUAACGGUUAUCGGUGAUUACCAUAUAAAUUAAGUGUUGUG